AUGGAAUGGUGGGUCUAUGGUCCUUUGAUAAUGGCAGUUAUAAUGUUCCUGCUGGUCGGUACUGUAUUUGAGAGAAGAAUCGAAGCGGCGAUACGGCGGCGAUUUAUGGAAUUCCAACACGAACAACUGAGUCAACGUGAAGCCGCUGUUACUACAGAAUCAGACGGACCUGCUUCAGACUGUUUGAAACCGAAUCCAUCAACUGCCAUGAUUUCCACAAAUUCUGUCCAAUCUCUCAAAAAUCCCAUCAAACCCACCCAAUCCUUAACCGCAUCACCUAUUCGUCCCAUUAUUAAAUCUAGUAAAUAUUCCAUGUCAUUAAGAACCGUUUCCCAAAAAAAUCUCUCUGAAAAAAGUGCUACAGUUAUACUAAAUAAAUCUAUGCCAAAAUUACACGCUUAA